AUCUUUUCUCCAAACCUCUUUAUAUCUGAUCCAUUCUCACACUUACUGCAACUCACCAAUCUCCUUCCUGCAACUAUUUUGGAAACAAAUUAGAGAUGGGCAAAGCCGCCGUUGUUAUCCUUCUCAAAGUCUUGAUGAUCUUAAUAUCCACUGCCUGGCUAUCUCUCUGGCUGCUCAAACCAACCAACUUAUGGACCAAAAAAUGGAAAGCAGCUGAAAGCAGUGCUCGAAAUACCGUGUUUGGUUACUAUGGUCUUGACUUUACGGUGUAUACGUUUCCUGUAAUUGCUGUGGCUAUGAUUGGACUUGUGUACUUGAAGUUGCAAUCUUGGGGGCAAAGAAACAGAAGACAAAUAAGGAGUUCAACAGCUGCUUUCUCAAAUCCACUAGUUACAAGUAGUCUUGUGGGCAUUUUAUCCGGUGUUGAGAUUCUCUCAGUAUUUCUCUUUAUCCUCUUUCUAGCAUGGACCUUUUAUACGCGCAUAUCUCACGAUUUUACUAAGUUGACACCUAUGGAAUCUUUGAAGUUGGACUUAUGGCAACUCAAGUUUCUAAGAGUGGCAACUCGAUUUGGUUUGCUAGCAGAGGCCUGCUUGGCUUUGCUUCUUCUACCUAUCUUGAGGGAACUGGCCGUAUUUCGCAUACUUGGUAUCCAGUUUGAAGCUUCUGUGAGAUACCAUAUAUGGCUAGGGACUGCUAUGAUAUGCUUUGCUACUUUUCAUGGUGCCAGCACUUUGUUCAUCUGGGGUGUUAGCCACUACAUUCAGGAUGAGAUAACAAAAUGGCAGAGGACAGGCCGGAUAUACCUUGCCGGAGAGAUAACACUGGUUGUGGGGUUGGUUAUGUGGAUCACAUCACUUCCUCAGAUCAGGAGGAAAAGAUUUGAAAUCUUCUAUUACAUGCACCACUUGUACAUAAUCUUCCUAGUAUUUUUCUUGCUUCAUGCCGGAGAUCGACACUUCUAUAUGAUCUUCGCUGGAGUGUUCCUCUUUUGUCUUGACAAACUACUUCGCAUCCUACAAUCAUGGCCACAAACUCAUAUUCUUUCAGCUAGAUUAUAUCCCUGUAAAGUUGUAGAACUUAUCCUGCCAAAAGACACAGGCUUGAAAUAUACCCCAACAAGUAUAACAUUUAUGAAGAUACCGAGUAUAUCCAGAUUUCAGUGGCAUUCCUUUAGCAUAACUUCUAGUUCGACCAUUGAUCAUCAUACAAUGUCUGUUUUAGUUAAAUGUGAUGGACGGUGGACAACUUCUUUAUAUGACAAUAUACGGGCUCAGCUAGACUCUGAUGCUGAUAAGAUGAAACCCAUACCUGUUGCAAUAGAAGGCCCCUAUGGUCCUUCCUCUUUGACCUUUUUGAGAUAUGACAACCUACUUUUGGUUGCUGGUGGAAUUGGGAUAACACCAUUUCUUAGCAUACUGCAUGAAAUUGCUGCAACUCAAGGGAAUGGCAGUAGCAGAUAUAGAUUACCAUCCAGAAUCCAGUUGAUAUACGUUGUCAAGAAAUCACAAUACAUUGGCUUGUUACAAUCAGCUUCUUCCCUACUGCAGAACCACCCCUCAAACAAAUGUCAUCUGAAACUAAAAGUUUUUGUCACCCAGGAAAAGCAGUGUGGUGCAACACUAGGAGAAAUGCUUAAUGAGGCAUCUCAAGUGCAAUCGGUUCAUUUCGGCUUAAAAGGUCCAAUUUACGCAAUACAUGGACCACAAAGCUUGUAUUGGACUGCUGCAUUGGCUGGAAUUGCUUCCAUUACGUUCCUGGUUUUUCUUAUCUGUUUCAACCACAUAUUUGUUCCCUCUGGAAAGAAUACUAGUGGUCAUCACUCUUCAAAACAGGCCGUGUCUUCCAAAAUGAAGGCUCCUAAAGAAAAGAGCCCCUCUUGGGUUGCCGACAUACUUAUCAUAUCCUCAUUCAUCAUAUCAUUAGCAUGCACCAGCUUGGUAGCUAUUGUUUUGAGAUGGAGACGGCUGAAGAAGGAAGAAGUACCACUUGUCUCCUCAAAGGAAGAAAAAGUACAGCAACUAAGUUCGAUUGAGACGAAAGGUGUGGUAGAGGAGGAACAUGAAGUCCAUUUUGGAGGAAGGCCUAAUUUGAAAGAUGAAUUCUCCAAAUUCCUGAAUGAAACUAAUGGAUCUGAUAUUGGAGUGUUGGUGUCCGGACCAGAAACAAUGAAAGAGGCAGUGGCAUCAUUGUGCCAGCAGAAAUCUGGAUGCUUUCAGAUUGGAAAUAAGGAAAAGAAACCAUACUUGAGUUUCCAUGCCCUCACCUUUACACUUUAGUUUCACGGUAAAAAACUACAGUCAUGGAGUCGCAAUAGCUCCACAUUUAUAAUAAUUAGUCUGUAAUGUCUGAAUCAGUAGCUAAUGGGUGCUCCUGAUUAGCUUUAUGUGAAUUUUGAGCUUUUAGAAAUAUAAAGAAGAUGUAAAUUAAAAAAGAAGCUGAUAGUAUAUAUUGAGAAGUACUUGUAGCAGCAGGGACCUUAGGCCUCCAAAACUGGUACAAAUACAGUUUAAUCGUUUUUUAAAAUUAUAAAAUUGUUAGUUGAUACAAUGAUAAAAUUGUAUUUUGGGUCCUAAAAUUUAUAAUUCA